UUGUAGUAAUUACUGACGCGUGUACAUAUGGACUGGGAGGAGUUAUUGCUCAUAUAGUUGACGGAGAAGAGAAACCUAUCAGUUUCACUUCCUUUUCUCUCAAUGUUGCACAGAGAAAAUACCCCAUAUUACAUCUUGAAGCACUGGCGGUAGUGUGCACAGUUAAGAAAUUUCAUAAAUUUUUGUUCGGUCAGAAGUUUAUGAUAUUUACGGACCAUAAACCGUUACUGGGGAUUUUUGGAAAAGAAGGGAAAAACCAGCUGUGUGUCACUAGAUUGCAGAGGUACAUGAUGGACUUGUCGAUAUAUGACUAUGAAAUAGUUUAUAGGCCUUCCACACAGAUGGGAAAUGCCGAUUUCUGUUCUCGGUUCCCUUUGAAUGUAGAAGUUCCGAAAUUCAUUGAUAGUGGCAGUAUAAAGUGUAUUAAUUUCUUCAAUGAUUUUCCACUUGACUAUGCUAUAAUAGCCAAAGAAACAGAAAAAGAUGAAUUCUUGUCAAAAAUUGCGUUUUACGUAAGUAAUGGCUGGCCUCAACGUAUAGAUCCAGACUGGAGGAAGGCGUACGCUUUGAGGUAUGAUCUUGAACUAAUAGACGGGUGUCUUCUAUACCAGGAUAGGGUUUUCAUACCUGCUACACUAUAUAAGGGGAUUUUGAAGUUGCUUCAUGCAAACCACCAAGGGAUCGUUAAAAUGAAACAAACGGCAAGGCGGUGUGUAUUUUGGAUAGGAAUCAAUGAAGAUUUAGAAUGGCACGUUAAGCAAUGCCAAAUAUGUUUGCAAACAUCUACCGCACCUAAACCAGCUAGUGAUACAUCUUGGAUACCAACGAGUCGGCCUUUUAGUCGCAUUCAUGCCGAUUUUUUCCAUUUCGAACACCGAGUUUUCCUAUUGGUGGUUGAUAGCUUCAGUAAAUGCAUUUUUUUCUAGAUUCGGACUGCCAGACGUGCUAGUCACGGACGGGGGUCCUCCGUUUAACGCUCAUCAAUUUAUAUCAUUCAUGGAAAGACAAGGCAUAAAAGUUUUGAAAAGUCCGCCGUACAACCCGAGUAGCAACGGGCAGGCGGAGAGAAUGGUGAGAACAGCUAAAGAUGUUUUUAAGAAAUUUUUAUUAGAUCCAUUGACUAAGAGCCUCGAAAUAGAGGAACGUAUUUUAUAUUUUCUAUCCAAUUAUCGUAAUACUGGGUCUAGUGUAGAUGGAAUGUUUCCAUCAGAAAAGAUUUUCUGUUUUAAACCUAAAACGUUGACGGACCUUUUACAUCCGAAGAAGAGUUACAAAAAUCAGCUUAUUAUCUCUCCGGCUAAAGACUCUUACAACAACGAACAUAUUGAUGAACCCUGUAGUGCGCCCUCCCAAGACCCAUUUCUCAAGUUGAACCCGGGGGAUAAAGUAUUUUAUAGAAACCACGACAAAACUGCGCUUGAGAAAUGGAUCAUAGCGCAGUAUGUAGCCAGAAUAUCAACUAAUAUAUAUCGAAUUUCCGUCGGCAGGAACACCUUAAACGCACAUCGCUCACAGCUGAAAAUAAUGGAAAGGCGACCGACAGGUUCAAGGAUGAGGAUACCAUUGCAGCGUAUCAAGAGACAGAGAGAAUCGAGUGACUCUGAGGACGAAUUUCUAGGGUUUCCAGACAUUCCUGUGGUGCCGGAGAAACCGGAUGGCAAACGAAGACGAUUCAUGCAGUUGAAACGUAGUCCGAUCGCCACGCGAAGUAAAUCGCGAUCAGAAUUGAAUAUGAGAUGAUUGUGCUCCAAGUCG